AUGCAUGUCAUUGACAAACAAAGUCAAUUGCGAGAUAUAUCACAACCUUUCACUGUGGUUUCUAUUCGAAAGUAUUACACAAGUUUCGUCAAUCAUUUGGCACCAAUUAUGACCUCUGGAGUGGAAUUUCUUUCAGAUAGUCGACCUCUCCAAGAAUAUUUCAAUGUUUACUGCGUUUAUACUUCAGUUUUCAGCAGUGGAAAUUUGGCGCCAAAUGACAAUUCCAUAUUAAGUAAUCUCAACUCUUCUAUUUGUUCAAGUAUAAAUCAUUUAGACGAUUCCAACAUGCCAAUCGAUGCUGCCCAUAACAGUUAUCUUGUUCUGAACCAAGAACCUUCCAUCAUCUUCUCCCCAAAUAGUUUACUUCCACUUUGGUCAAUUAUCUUGAAAAAUGCAAUGGUUGACCAGACGAUGAGGUAUAAAGUUUGGAAUUAUUCGAUUUCUGAAACGUUUACAAUGUAUGCACUGUAUGAUAAAGCAACAAGUAUGGAAUAUGUGUUGGAUAGCGAUCUAGUUUCGAAUAGGGAAGGAAUUGUAAAAGAAUUGGAAGAGGAAAUAUGGAACGAUUGUAAAUUAUUCGAAAGAGUGUACGAAAUUCAAAUGAGAGAAGGUUUAGGAUUGGGAUUUUCGUCAAUCUCCAUUUCUGAAAAUAGGAUUUGCAAUGAAACAUUACAAAAUUCAACAUUUAUGGAAGAAUAUCAUCAAGCAAUUUUGAGAAUUGAUUUAUACUUGAAUUUAAUGUUGAAUUAUUCGAAUCUUGUGAAUACUACUGGAAGUUUAACUCAAAUGCUUCCAAGUUCCACUUUCUAUUUUAUGGAUAAUCUUAUUGCUACCUUUAAUCCAACCUUUCUAGUGGAAGCUAUUCGAAAUGUUUUACAAAAUGGAGGAUUUAACACAUAUUUGUCCUAUUCGAAACCUUCCUCGAACUAUGAUAUGGAAUACUUCUCCAUGCUUCAAAAAUCAGAUCUGAAACCAGUUUCUCAACUCAUGAUUCAUCCAAAUUGUUUCUGCUAUUACAACUUAAUUGACUUGUUUAUCAUGAUCUUAAUGAUGGGAUCUGUCAUUCCAAUCAUUGUUGGUUCAGUUGAGGAUGGAACUCCCUAUUUCAUUGUUCGAAAGGUCUUUACAGUAGUUUUCUUUGUCAUGUUCUAUGCAAUCAUUGGUGGAACUGUGACAAUUGCUCACUGGAUCAACAAGUUCAGAAGACUGAAAUCCAAAUACAGAAAUGCACAAGUUACCACAUUGGAAUCAUUCUUGGAAGAUCAGCAAUUUAGAGAAAUGUUUCGAACCUAUUCCAAAAAUGAAUUUUCAUUGGAAAAUAUUAUCAUGUAUGAAGAAUUGGAAAAGCUAAAAAAGAACAAUAAGGUAACCCCUCAGGAAUUGAAAUCUCUUCAAGAGAAAUUCCUCCUUUCAUCCUCUGUUCAUGAAGUUAAUUAUCCAUCGGCAGUUAAGAAGAACUUUCAAGAAUUAUUGGAUUCGUAUAAGGAUGAGGACGUUUCUUCCAAUGACAGUGAUUCAACCACACAAACAAAAUCAUCCAAUUCCCUUAAACAAUCAACAGGACUUCCAAAGAAGGGAACUGUUAUGUUGGAAAAGAUGUUAGAAUUGGUCAUGCCAGAAUUAUUGAAAAACAUGUUUGACACAUUUUCUCGCUUAAAGACAACACCUGAAUUUGGGCAUUGGUUUGAGAUGAAGCAAAUACAGACAACAGAAUUGGGAGAGGAACAACACCAAGAACAACCAAAAGAUGAGAAAGUUUAA